AUGGCUUGCCCGCUCCGCCAAAUCCAGCAUCAGGGACUGCAAACUAAUCCCGAGAAGCUCGUAGGGCAGAUCUAUGACCCGGAUGACAUUCGCGAGGUUGAGGAUCUCUACAAAGACAGACUUGCUAUUAGAGAACAGGUUGACUGGGAGGGUCGUCUAAUUGGUCUGCAACUGAUGCACCUGCGGGAAUUCCAGGCUCUCAAAAGCUCCUCCCAGGAAGAUGAUAUCUGGGGCGGCUCACUCUGGAACUGGAGAAACACCGACGGGGGCUUGCUGGAGAAAAUUUGGGACCCGAAGCUGAAGAGCAAGGGGGAAGAGGAGGGCCUUUGA